ACUAGCGAAGCAAUUGGUGGAGUUGCUCAGUAUCAAGUGAUCCGCCAACUCUGUUACUUACCGCGGAAGGAAACGAAGCGCGCCUACCGCGAUCAGUGUUUUUGGUUUUGUUUUACGUUGCCGGCAGUCCAGAGGUUUCGUCGUUAUUUACAUUGGAGAUUUUAUAUGUGUACCUGCUUCAAGGAUGAUUAACCAUUGGCAUCUAAUUUUCGGUCUUGUCCUGGUGGCUGUUCCCAGUACGAUAACAAGAAGAGUUGCAGAUCCGAAAUCUGAAUCAAGUUCAAAAUGCCCGAUGCUUACAGAGUGUCCAUUCAGAGCCGAAUCAUGCAAUGACGACAACGACUGUUCUCCAGAUGCUGUCUGCUGCAAGAGCCCGUGCGGCCAUGUAUGCACCAAACAGCUCUUCACAGGUUGCCAGACCUUGAGGAUGGCUGCUUCCAGAAGAGCGAAAGCUUUGGGAGUCGAAUCCAAAGCCGUUCGAAUGCCCAGAUGCAACAAAAUGGGCGGUUUCGAGCCCAUACAGUGUGACAACGAAAUCGUGAGCUCCUGCUGGUGUGUGGACGAAGCAGGUUUCGAAGCACCAGGAACUAGAGCUCCUGCAGCGGCAUUGGUCAACUGUACAGCUCCUAAACCAUGUGCAGACCACACCUGCCGAAUGUUCUGCCCACAUGGUUUCGCCCUGACCGAUGAAGGGUGUCCGUUGUGUAGAUGCAGAGACCCAUGUGAUGGCAUCAACUGUCCCAAUGCCCUGGAAUGCCAUCUGGAAGAACUAGCUUGUGCUGACCCACCUUGUCCACCAGUUCCAACAUGUAAAAGGGGUAGAAGUCUGGAGAAUAUUUGUCCAGUUGGAGACCCUUUACGAAUCAGUGACACAGUUCGUCCCUUCCUGUGUGGAAAUGAUCCUGGAAAACCACAAUGCCCUCCCUUGUAUCAAUGCCUGGUCCAAAAAGGAAACGAUUAUGGAGUAUGUUGUCCUGCCUCGCUGAAAAUCCAGAAAACCGGAACAUGUCCAGUGGGAACAGAAGAACAUCAUGAAUGUGGUAUAUUGUGCACUCAUGAUCUAGAAUGUCCUUCGGUGCAGAAGUGUUGUAACACAGAACAAUGUGGAUCAUCGUGCAUUCAUCCUAACAAUGUAACAGAAUGUCUUCACCAGCGUUCCCUCUCUGAAGUUUUGGCAGUCAGCGAAAGAGCUGGAAGAGGAUAUGUGCCCCAGUGCAACACCGAUGGUCAAUUCGAGCCGAAACAGUGCAGCCGAAACGGGUUGGUCUGUUGGUGUGUCGAUCGUCUAGGACGAAAAGUCAAAGGUUCCAUGGGACCUGCAGAAAAUGUCAAUUGUUCAUUGAUUGAAGGUCAUUCCGAAUCGUUGGCCAGAAGUUUGGACAAAGACAACAAACAAUGUGAACAGCUUGAGUGUGCACAAGUUUGCGAAUACGGUUUCAAAUUGGACGAAGCCGGAUGCCAUACCUGUAAAUGUGACGAUCCCUGUGACGGCUACAUGUGCCCUGAAGAUGAGGAGUGCGUUAAUGUUCGAGAAUCAUCUUGCACGGACUUCUUAUGCCCUUCUUUGCCAGUUUGCCGGCCCAAAGCAGUGUACGCCAAUCCCUGCGAAACCGGCACCCCGUUGACGGACGACUUGCGCGGCGCCCCCGUGGCUUGCGCGCUGCGCUCCGAGGACGGCACUGUUUGCCCCACCGAGCACGAGUGCACCGCCGUGCCCGGAUCCACGCAGGCCGUGUGCUGCCCCACCGCCGCGGCGGAGGUGGACUCGGUGACAGCUGAGGCGUCCGAGGAUCACGGCCAGAUGGAGAUGAGGCCCCAAACAAUGUGCGAAUACCUCCACGACUUCUCCGAGAGCAUGGAGGGCACCAGAGAGGGCAUGUCCCUGGCCCUGCCCACCCCGGAAUGCGACCCGGACGGAGGCUUCACGGCCGCCCAGUGCUCGGCGGGCAGCUGCUGGUGCGUCGACCACUUCGGCACGGAGAUACCCAGGACGCGGGCUCUGGGCAACCCGACCCAGAACUGCACGGAGCUCAGGGCGUCCAUGGACUGCCUGGACCUCACGUGCCGAAUGGGCUGCGAGUACGGGUUCGAGCUCAGCGAGGAGACGAGGUGUCCGCAGUGCCGGUGCCGGGAUCCCUGCAAAGGGGUUCAGUGCAGGGCGGACGAGCAGUGCCAGCUGGUGGAGGUCAGCUGCAAGGACCACUAUUGCCCUCCUGUGCCGGCAUGUUUGCCCAAGAAGAUUGGCCAGUGCCCGUAUUUAGUUCCUGCGGCUACAACUUCAUGCGAUUUUGAAUGUAACUCUGAUAUGGCAUGCAAUGGCACAAUGAGGUGUUGUUCAAAUGGUUGUGGAACACAAUGUAUUGAACCACUUUUACUAACAGCUUGCCAACACCAAAGAACCCUGGCCCAACAUCAAUCUCACGAAUCCGGCAUCCCGGUGGGCAAGGUCUACAUGCCCAGAUGCCGAGCCGACGGCUCCUUCGAUCCCGUCCAAUGCGACCCCGGUGCCGGCGAAUGCUGGUGCGUCGACUCGCGUGGUUUCGAGCUGUCCGCCUCGCGCACUAGCCGCGCGGAACUGUCGUACGACUCUCGCGCCAGCCGCGCGGUCCUGUCGUGCGACUCGCCGGCGCGAUCCGACAGGUGUCCGUUGCUCAAGUGCGCGGAGGACUGCGAGCACGGCUUCGAGAUGGACGGGGAUGGCUGCAGGACGUGCAGGUGUCAGGAUCCUUGUUCGAGGAUAUCGUGCAGAGGGGAAGGCGAGACGUGCAGAUUGGUUGCUGUAGAAUGUGUGGGUUGGCCCUGUCCUUCGGUGCCGAUGUGUUUGCCAAAGAAAGAAAACCCUUGUCAGAGCGGGGAACCGCUGAGGUUGGGCAACAGCGACGAACUUGUGAAUUGUGGACCAGAUUAUGAAAGCUGUCCAUCGUCGCACAAGUGCCAACUGAGCCCCGUAGGGGAAUACGCGGUUUGUUGUCCCAAACCAAGGGAAGUCUGUUUUGAACCACUUGAUAAAGGAAAAUGCCAGGAUGAUGAAGUCUCAAGAAAUCUGACGAGAUACCACUUCAACUCACGCACCAACAAAUGCGAACAAUUCAUUUUCAAAGGAUGUCAAGGAAACCACAAUAACUUCCAUACGGAGAAUAUGUGUAAUAUUGUAUGCCCAGUGCUGUCCCAAUGCGAACGUCUGAGAGAGAAGAACCAAAAGGCAGCGGAACGCUACAAGAAACCGACCUUCACGCCGCGCUGCGAACCCAACACGGGGGCAUGGCAAGCAGUGCAGUGUCUGGAGCACGUGGGGGUUUGCUGGUGCGUCACUCCGCAAGGGGAGCCGCUCAAAGGCACGCUAACCAGAGGGGCCGAGCCCGAGUGCAACUUCAGGCAGGCGCGGUACUGGGCCAGCGACAGGUCCGAUACCGUGUCAGAUGGAGAUUUAGUCUUAGAAGAACUCAUGAUGCAACUAGGCUCGAUAGAUGACGUAGACGAGCCGGCAGACCUAAAAACUGAUGACUAUUUGAUGAACUGGGAGGUGCCCUCAACAAGUCGUUGUCAAUCAUUGGGGGGACAGUGCGACCAGGAGGGGAAAUUCUUACCAACACAGUGUGAAGAAGAAACAUGUUGGUGUGUAGAUGAGGCUGGAAAUCAACUUCCAAAUACGAAUACUUUUGUGAAAGGAGAAAAACUAUGCAGUACAACACCAAUAGAGAAAGCUGAUGUUACACUUGGUUUUCGAGGGGAGUUUGACGAUGUAUCUGCUGUACCAGUGGUCAAUCAAAUCACCAAAAUCGUCAACAGUCUAAAGGGAAAUAUUAACAGUGAUGGCAUCAAAGCAGAAACAUCGUCCGACGCAUUAUACAUAAAAUUUGCCCUGAUAGGAAGUAAUAAAGUUGAUGUUGCCUACAAGUUAGAACAAAUGGUUAUGCAGCAGAAUUUACCAGGUCUCACAGCCGAUAUAACCCGUUCUAGAGUGAUUCACAAACUUCUCCUCCAGGAUUCAAGUCACUCGGAUAAAACAUUAGCACUUGAACAAAGGGAGAUUGUGUCUCAAUCCCCUGUUUCGAUAGUAGCCCCGUAUCAUACAGCACUGAUUGUGAUAGCAGCUGCUUCUGCAUUUGUUAUCUGCAUUCUGACCUUGUUGGUAUUAUUAUAUAGAAGAAAAAUGAACAAUAUCAACUCUCAAAAAGCAGUUGAAGAAAACAGAUUCAUUUCCACCAACAACCGGCCAAUAUACAUUGAAUUACCAAAUCAGAAAACUGCAGAUAUCAACUGCCAAAAUACAUAAUGUACCUAUCAUAAUCUCAUAGCCUUGUAAAAUAUGCUAUUGAUCUUAUAGUAUUAUAUUACUCAUUUUCAAAGGCGGAAACUGAGAACUUGCACUUCUUUGUUUUGUCAAAGAAUUAAUACAAAUAAUAGAUAUCCUAGGUAAUUAUUUGAGUCAUAGUAUGAUCUAUUUCAAAUCCAGUCGGCAUGUCUUGAUCCAUAAAAUUGAAAAUAUCAAAUGUCAUUGUUUGUUUAAAGAAGAUUGAUAUUAGGGAAAAUAAAGCACUGAAUAUAUCUCCACCAUCAGUCACCUCUAGAGUUAAUUUUGAUAUCUGACAACAUUCUUCAUUUUGACCUUAUCAUCAUUUGUGACAUGGGCCAGUAUUUAGAUUUGCUGGCUUCUAAUAUUUGUAUCCAACUUCAUUUUGCCGACUUUUGAAAAUAGAGGAUCUAUGGUUCAUGACAGAAAUAUCUAUGAAACAAGAAAGUGUCACUUCUUAGUGCCCAUCUGGUAUAUGCCAUGUGGUCAGAGCAUUUUUGUGAUUUUUUUACAUUAUUAUAAGAAGACUUUGUAGAUUGUAUUAUCUCUUGUACAGUUAUAAUGAUAUUUUGAUUUACUUAUUUAUGACAUUAAAUUAUGUAUAUAGAUCUAAUAUAACCAUAUUAUGCUGU